UAAAAUCAUCUUAGUUUCUUUCAUUAUCAUAAUUUUGAAAAUAUAAAUAUAUCAAUGUGAUAUUUGUUAGUCACAUUUGUUGAAUCUAAAUAUUUUUAAAACACUAAAAAAACUAUUCUUUCGGCUUGCUUUUUUUUAAUCCAUUUUCUGACUUGAUUUCUCCUUUUCAGUUACAUAACAUAUUGCACACUAAACUCUCUGCUCAAUAAUACUAAUAGAAUCUUUCAAGGUCCUAAAUUUUAUCAAAAUGAUUCAAGCACUUGGGUGUGUCGUUUCCUGAAAACGCCGGAGUGAUUCUUGUCUCUCAAUCUUUUACCACAGCAGUAGUUUAAUUUUAUCAAAAUGAUUCAAGCACUUGGUCGUGUCGAUUCCUGAAAACGCUGGAGUGAUUCUUGUCUCUCAAUCUUUAGCUGUUUCUUGAAGUUACUAAUAAACGUGUCAGCUUUCAUGUUAAUGUCUUCUUCAAUUUUACAAUUUUACCCCUCUCUGUAAACCACCUCUACUUUGACGAUGCAGAGCACCAAGAACAACCUUAACGGCCAGGUGGAGACUCACUGGCGAGGGAGAUUAACAGAUAAUUCGUCGUCUUUUUACGGUGCGGCGCAACCAAAAACCAUGCAGGAUCUUGUACCGGAGAGGAAGCAUGCGGCAAUGACGACAGUGUCGGAGGUUUUGCCGAGACAGCCGCCGAAGUUGUUGCUUAAGGUUAUGAUCAUGGAGAGCCUUGGCGCCGUGCAAGUGUUGAUGACGCCGGAAAAGACUGUCAGAGAUUUGAUAGCGGCGGCGAUGCGCCAAUAUGUGAAGGAAGGUCGCUGUCCAAUCUUGUCGUCGAGUGAUCCCUUCCGGUUCGUUCUUCAUUACUCUCAGUUCAGCCUAGAAAGUCAAGCAUCUCGCCGCAGAGCAUCUCGUGCAAAAACAAGUUGAAGGUAAAUCGAGACAAAUUCAAAUUUCAAAACUAAUAAAAAGAAAAGAGUAAAGCAAUUGAAGAUUUUGAAUCGAUAGAUUCAAUCGUGGAAUAAGUAAAGACUGAACUGCAACACGAAAGACAUUGAUUUUGGACGAGCAAUGGGGCUUUCACCUCAUACAUUAUUCAGAGAAGCCUGGGGUUGCAUCGUGCGUAUAAUUCGAAAAGAAUUGAAGGAAAAUGGAAAAUCUUACAAUGAUUUUGGAGGAAUUAGGGGAUAAUUUUUAUCAGUGCCGCAAAACCUUAAUUGUUGAUAUAUGUUGAAAAGAGAUAAAAGUCAGAGGGUUAUAUAAGCGCGGAAAAGAAAAACUAUUAGGCUCUACCCCACUUCUAAUGCAUUUCUGAAAAAUUAUCCAACAAAUAAUUAGGCUCUACUUACACAAAAUGUUUUUAA